CGUUCAGUCGAAGUCCAACAUCAACUCAACAUGACCAAGCACCAAGCCGGAAGCGCGCUCAAGGGCGGGCGCGGGAAGAAGUCCAAGGACGAGGCCGCCAAGAAGCCGCAGUAUUCUGUACCUGAAGAGAUCAUCCCAUUCAUCUUCCAGUACCUCUCGUGGCGCGACGGGUACCGCGCCGGCCGCGUCUCGCGCGCGUGGCACGAGGCGCAUGCGUCCAUCUUGCACCCGACGUCGCCGAUGCAAGUGGGCCUGCACUGGCGCGCGUCCACAUACACUGGCGAGAGCUGGGACGACAUUCUGAGCGAGUUUGCGCCCACGGACACGUGCUUUGCCGCGCAGUACGCGCCGCAGCUAGCGAUGAUCACCGUGUCGGGGCUGGCCCACUCGUUGCGGCGCCCGACGGGAUGGAACAAGCUCUUCCACGUGAUUCAAGAGCGCAAGCUAUUGCCUCGCGCCUGCACGAUCGUGUGCAUGUACAGCGACUUUGGCAUCAUGGCCUCAACCGCGGCCGGCGGCCACUACGACCUCUCGGAGCUCGAGAGCUCGGUCAUCGACGACAUGGCCGUCAACAUCACGGUCGGGUACUUCCCCGAAACGACGCUCCAAGUGCUAGAACCCACGAAGCUCGAGAUCCGAGAGGGUCUCUUGACGCCAAUGAUCUCGGCGUCGGCCAACUCGAUCCUCGUGUACAGCACCAACGGCGCGCAGUGCGACGACCUUGUCCGACUCAUGGCCACGACGCAUGCCAGCGCCAACAUUGUUGGGACGAUCCUUCCAUUCACAGACCGCUGCGUGCCCAUGGCCGUCCGACGCCUCUCGCCCGCGGGCCUCAGCAUCUCGCACCCGACCCACCUCUGCGUGGCCUUUGAUGGCCGCGUCGCGAGUGCGCCGUUCGUAUCACUUGGCUUCAAGAUCAUCUCGCCCAUUCUCCAGUGCGAGCACAUGCAAAUGCGCCGGCAUCCAUACUUCAAAGUGCUCCAUACGUUCGAGUCGGUCGCGGUCGCGACGUCGCCCGCCAUGUCCAUGGCGCCCAUCCAGCUCCUCAAUAGCGUGUCCGAAGCGUCUGGAAACGUGUACCUCUUCAAGGCAGAAACCGAAGCCGAGGUCGCGGCCUUCAUUGCAGCGCCUCAUGCCGUGCACCUCGAUCGCGCCGUGUGCAUCUACGACAAGCAGCACGGCAUCGUCUUUUCCCAAGCGGACGCAGAGAGUGGCGCGGCGCCGUGGCGCGAAGGCAUGUUUGGUGUCUUCUGCGUCCAGGACGCCGUCGCCGGCCAAGCCGACCUCGCGCACUCGCUCGCAUUGGCCAAGGUCGCUGCGUCUGGUGCCACGAUCCUCGGCGGGCUCACGUACCCCGUGCGCGGCCCGGGGCGAAGGCUUUUACGGCGAGACUGACGUCGAGGCCGAUACCUUUGCUAGCGUAUUUCCAAACACGCCGCUCGCGGGCGUCAUUUCCGGCGGCGAGAUCGGUCCACUGGCGAUGCCCGGUGGUCGCAUCUCGCUCGACCAAAAGAUCGACAUGCAGUCGUACACGACAUGUGGUGCGCUCUUCUACCUCCGCCCAUAAACUCUACGCGUAUAAAGAAAGAG